CGUUAAGCUUUUAAGCCAUCUAUUGCCUACAAAAAAAAAAACUAAUUCUUUAUUAAAAAUAAUUUGUUAAAAGUAAUUUAUAACAAUUUUUUUAACAAAAUGAAAUUGUUGUGUUUGUUUGUUUUAAUUGCUGCUCUUUAUGAAGUUCAUGCUGGUACUAAGCGCAUGUGUGGCCCUGUAUUAGUGCAGGUUCUAGAAUCAGUUUGCCUUAAUGGUUACAAUCAAAUGCUAACCAAAAAAUCAGUACCCUUACACAACGACUUGGAUGUUUUGGAUAUCUACAAUGACAUUGAGGACGAAACACCUAUGCAUACAAAAGGCUCAUUUUUAGAUGAUUUAUUAAUGGGUGAUCAUGUUAAUACCUUUGCUAAAACUCGUAGACGUCGCAAUCUUUUGGGCAUUUAUGAUGAAUGCUGUGUUAAAGGUUGCAACUUUGCCGAAUUAACUUCUUAUUGUAAAUAGAUUAUUUUCGAAAAAAAAUUUUACUACGAAUUCUACUGCGACAAUGACCAACGAAUAUUAAUUUAUGUUAAAAAUUGUAUAUGUUGAUUAAUAAAAAAAUGAAAAUCUGAA